GGUCCAGGAGAUGAGUUUUUAGAUUAAUUAAAGGAAACAAACAUCUUUUGACAGAAAGAGGGUUUUCAUUGACAUAAAGAGGGUUUUGGCUUAAAGCAAGCAGUCUUGGACCCUUCAGCUAGGGUUCCUUGUAUCUGCUCAUGUUACUGACUCUUUUUCUUUCUUUCUUUCUUUUUUUUUUUGAAAAAGUUUCAUUUAUUUUGGGUAGAGAUUGGGAGAAAAACAGAGAGAAACCUGUUGCACUUCCUAAUUGAAGUUGGGGACCUGAGGCUUGAACCCAGGUCCUUGCACACUGCAAUGUGUGCUUUCAAGUAGGUGCACCACUACCUGGCCUCCAACUUUACCUCUUAUUCCAAAGAGUGAGAGCAAAACCAGAUUUCCCACUGAAUCCAAAGGAGAGAGGACUAGGCGGGAGAUGGUGGCAGUGGAUGGAGUCAGACUCUUGCCUUCCCUCCAGGCAUUUAGCAGAAAGAUGUGCAGAAGAGGAUCGAAGGAACACCAUCAAUCAACACCUGAGAAAAGAAUGGGAUAAAGAUGUUGUGCUGAAGCAUCAGCGAGAUGAAGAUGCCAAGGCCUUUGACAAGGCGCCAGACAAACUAUUUAUUUUGGAUCAGUGCAAUGACUACAAACGCUGUAAACAGUGUCAGAGAGACCCGUCCAACAAGGGCAAGACCCACUUCUGGCCCUACAACAAACACUUGCCAGGGUCUCUCAUGCUCAUGUGAAGCCAGAGUCCGGUCCUCGCCUCCCAGUUGUCUUGGGACUCCAGCAGGAUGCCACCUGGGAGCUUGCAGAGUAGAUUGUGUCUGUCCUCCCUCCUUUUGUGAAUCCAUGUGUGCCUGAUCACCCACAGCCUCACCCUAGUCCACCUGCACCCCAGAACAUAAUGUGACAGCUGUGAGGAGGA